UAGUUAGAUGGGAUAGUUCGCGCUUUCUUCUGUCAUCGUCACCGUGUUCGAAACCAAUUUCCCAUUUUUGAUGCUUCAUCUAGGUACACACAUUCCCUUUUGCAUUUUCCAGUAAGCAUGGCGGGUCGCGAUGGCAUAGGUUUACUGAUUUAUUCUACGUUGCUAAUACUAUCAAUGCCGGCCUACUGCACCGUUCGAACCAGCAACCAAAUAACUACCUCCAACACCUCACGGCCGCUAAUUCCCGAGCCCCGCCUGACAACUAACUUGUGUUCCGAUGACAACGCCGACUCGUCUGACAGUGCGUCCAGGAUCGUGGAUAGCUUGCAGCGGAUGACCGGUGCCCGAUUCUAUCUGCAGCCGGCUGACAUUCCGCCCGAUCAACAGGCAGUUUUAUUUCUCGGGCAUAUUGGUUAUGCCCUGCAGCUAUCCCCGUUUAUCGGUCUACACAGUCUCGUCGUACACACCAAUAGCCUCUCCGUCAGCCAAUUGGAAGAAGUUCUUACGUACGCCUGGACGCCCAGUAUUGAAGCCUAUAUGCGCAGUCCCAACGCCACUGUCGAUGAUGCGCCGAAUGUGCGUUUCCUAUCGUUUCUUAAUUCCAGCGAGACGCUCACCAUCACCGGGUAA